CGCCGUGCAGUGCAUCAGUCGCGGGAAAGGAGGAGGGAAGAGCGGAAGGCAAAAGAGAGGAAUAAAGAAAGACGAGCAGAAGCCGCGGGACAGUGAGAGGACACCGUGGAUAAAGGAAAGAGUGGAGAGGAAAACAAAAAUAACGGCGAGUUAAACGUGAUGCCAUGCGGUCACUGAGACGCGGAGACUGAGCUUCGUCAUAAAGCCGAGCGCGCGAGGAGCAACCGGCCAACGUUUCUGUGCUGGUGCAAAGAGACAUUUCACGCAUCAUCAUCAUCAUCAUCUCCAUCAUCAUCCUCAUCAUCGUCAUCAUCAUCAGCAGCAACAGCAGCAGCAUCACCAGAAUAUGUCCUCAAGGUCUUUGUGAGAAGAAAUUUUCGGAUUACUUUUUUUGCACUUCUCUGAACCCUGAACUACUGAACAUCCAAGAAACCAGAGAGAGAGAGAAAGAGAAGGAGAGAGGACGGACAAGAGCUUCAGAUCAGAUCGGAUCGGAUCAGAUCGGAUAUUUUCGGGGGAGAUUUACGAUGCACUUUCUUGGAAUAUCAGUGUGGUUUGCAUUUUCGGCGCUGCUCUACGCGAACCUCGCUUUCCAAUCAAGCCACGAGUACUAUGAUUAUGAGCAGGAGGAAGGAGAUGAUGGCAUGGAGCUGUCAGAGCCAGAUCUGGAGGAACAGUUGCGUUCUGCAGGCAGCGUGGACGAGCUGAUGAGGCUCCUCUACCCCAGUUACUGGAACAUCUUAAAGUGCCACUCCAAGCGUACCAUCAACCCUCGCUUCUCUCACCGAGACCCUGACCCACGCACAGAGGAGCUCUCCUUCGCUGCCGCCUACUUCAACCUCGAUAUAUUUAAAAGUAUUGAGGCAGAGUGGAGAAAGACCCUGUGUAUGCCGCGUGAGGUGUGUUUAGAUGUGGGGAAAGAGUUUGGGGCGGCGACAAACACCUUCUAUAAACCCCCCUGCGUGUCUGUCUACAGAUGUGGAGGCUGCUGCAACAGCGAGGAGCUGCAGUGCAUGAACAUCAGCACCUCCUUCAUCAGCAAAACUCUGUUUGAGAUCACGGUCCCCGUGAAGCAGCCGCCCAAGCCGGUCACCAUCAGCUUCGCCAAUCACACCUCAUGUAGCUGUUUGUCCAAGCUGGACGUCUACAGACAGAAACACUCCAUCAUCCGGCGAGCGCUGCCAGAAUGUCAUGUGGCGAAUAAAACAUGCCCGAAGAACCAGAGCUGGAGCAAUGGCUUAUGCAGAUGUGUGUCUCUGCACGACUCACUGUUUCCCCAGCAGCACUCGGACCCGAUCGAGCAGGACUUCUGUGGCCCCAACAAAGAGCUGGACGAGGAGACAUGUCGGUGUGUGUGUCGAAAGGACUUGAGGACGGCGGGCUGUGGGCCGAAACGUCACCUGGACAAGAACACGUGUCAGUGUGUGUGUAAAACUCAGCCCAAGUCCUGCAGUCCUCAUCACACCUUCAACAAGGACACGUGCCAAUGCAGCUGCAACAAAGUGUGUCCCAGCACACACCCGCUCAACCGCACUAAGUGUGCGUGCGAGUGUAACGAGUCUUACAGCAAGUGCUUCCUCCGGGGGAGGAGGUUCCAGCCCGCCACCUGCAGCUGCUACAGGCUGCCGUGUUCCGGAGACCCAAGGAAGCGGGAAUGCGAGGAAGGUUUUUACUUCAGCGAGGAAGUGUGUCACUGCAUCCCCAAUUACUGGCGGAGACUGGAUUAGCCGAUGCAAAGCUAGCAGCUAACGGAGCGAAAAGAAGUGAUGCUAACACAAGCAGCCUUCGUGGUGCCUGCUGCUAAUUGGACUCCCUUUCGCUAGCAUGGACUGGCAAAUCAGCAAAUGGGGAAAAAACAACAAAAAACAAAACAAAAAAGAUUGUAGCCCCAAAUUUCAGACCCACGGGAGCGAGGUUACUUUGAACUUUACAGAGGCUGGAGCUGUUUUAUUUUCAACAUUUUUUUUACUCAUUAUUUGUCAGAUAUUGAUUAUAUAAUUUAUUGCCACUAAAAAAGAUUCUUUUUCUUCUUUUUUUUUGUGUGUAUAGCAAUUUUGAAUCUUCACAAAGGAAAUACACUGUGAUCAAUAUUUUUGUAUCAUGUGAAGUCCAGUAAAAAAUAAAUAAAAUAUAAAGUUGUAUUAUAUAUUGUUAACUUAUUUCUAAGCUAGACUAUUAUACAGAAAUAGUAGAGAUAAUAGAGAAGCGUUUUAUUGUAUUUAGUUAUGAUCUAGCACUAGAACUUCGUUAUACUGUCUGAGUUUGAGCUCCAGCGAGAACUCCACUGCAGAAAACAAAAACGAUAUUUCUUACCAGGACGAGAAAAUGUAAGAUGAAAAACGUUCCAGAAGACGGAUUGGGAGCGUCGUCCAGCAAAGAUCUGCAACCGUGUCACAAAUAAACGUUUUAUAUUUUGUGCCUAUAAAAAUUGUACCAGUGCUUCAUUCUUUUAAAAAGGCAGAGCAAAGAGACUUCCAAACAAAGAAACACACAUACACACACACACACACACCCAGUG